GCAACGGUUUUGGUGAAGUCAUGAGAAAGCGCCGUUUGUUUUUGUUUUUCACGCGUUAUAAACGCGUUUAGAGGAUUUUUAUUUAUGCAUUUCCUACACAGCCCGGCUUUUAAGAGAGAUCCGGGAUAAGUCUAGUGUCAAAGAGCUACGCGUGGACUUGGAACAUCCAAACAUGCUUUUCUGCACUAACUUAUUUGCUGUAUAGAGGCAACAUACUUACGUUGAACGGAUUGCAGGGGAAAUACUGCUAAAAAGGGAGUUGCAUCACGGCGUGUUUGACUGAAAUGGAUGGAUUCACACUUUCAAAGUGACCUGUCUCAUUUAAAGUGUGAUUAAAUGCUUUUAAUUCGCUCGGUCUGCUCAAUGAGACUGAAACAUAUGUUUUGGAGUCUAUGACACACUCAAUUUACUCUCGGUUAGAUUCAGUGGAAUCGCUAAUCAACGAGCUUCCAUAUAUGUUUUAUCUCGGCCUGUUUUUUGUCAAUGUUUUAAUUCUCUACUAUGCCUUUUUAAUGGAAUACAUAGUCCUUAAUGUAGGGAUAGUAUUCUUGCCAGAGGAUAUGGACCAGGCACUGGUGGAUUUGGGUGUACUUUCUGACCCAGCCUCUAUUCCCUAUGACACAGACACUGAGCUGGAUGUUUUUGAGGGAUAUCUGGAAUAAACAAACCAUGAUUGACACUUCCAGACGAAGCUUUCGUGGGGAAGAUGUCAUCUGGUUACUGGAGAACCGCCGACAAAGGGAACUACAUAUGAUCUCUGCAGACGUAAGAUGCUGCAGUGGUCAACUUAUAAAAAAAAAGUGACUUUCGUGAAUAAGCUGUCCAGGUUCAGAGGACUGACCUGCAAGCAAGCCAUUGUGCCACAUGGAAUAUGUACCUGGAAGAAAUAAGCCGAACGCACUGUGGUUUUCCAUGGAACAGCCAGCCAGCGUCUCUUCAGAGAUCAAAUUCGGGCACUAACCACUACUGUGGAUAUAAAUAUUACAUUAGCCUAUUUAUUUUUAGUUUGGCGUUCAGCACUCAUGCAGGAUUCUGUGUCAGCCCUGCAAGGGCUUGUUAUUACUCUGUAGGCAGAACCCUUCAGCCUCAGCAUGUUUCUGUUCCCUUUAAUACUAGCAAUACGUCAUGAGACAAACAGGGUGUCUGAAUCGCUGGUCUAAGUUUUUUCUAAAAGUCUCUCUUAGGAACCGCAUAUUUGUGACAGCCUGAGAAUGAUAUAUUUGACUGAGAUUCGUUUGUCCACUCAAUAUAUAUUUAAUAAAUGAUUACUUUCA